AGAAACUUUGAACAGAAGUCAAGAAAGAAAAGAAGAGAAAGGAAAGGAAUCGGGGUGGAUUUGGGCUGCAAAGACGAGUCUAAAAGAAGAGCUUCAAUGGAUUGAAAGAUUUUACUUUCAACUUCAAGUGGACAAAGUGCCUCGAGCAAGGUCGGGAGAUGUGUGAAGGCGUGUGACGGACGGCCAUGGGACCGAAGAGACGCUGGCUCCAGGCUGUCACCGCUGCUGUAGCCAUCUGUCUGCUGAGUGUUUCUCAAGGCAGCGCGUCAUUGGUUCGUGGCAGAGAGGGGGGCUCUGCAGAACUGAGCUGCAAUCUCACUCCGACAUCCAAAGAAGCCACAACCCCAAACCUCUUUCCUCUGCAUGUGGUGGAGUGGGUGCGCCUCGGUUACAACGUUCCCAUCCUCAUCAAAUUUGGAGUGUAUGCUCCUCGAGUUCAUCCAAACUACAAGGGCCGUGUGUCUCUGACCCAGGGCGCCUCUCUGCUGGUGGAUCAGCUGACCCUGGAGGACGAGGGCUGGUUCGAAUGUCGCAUCCUGCUUCUGGACAGCCAAAAGGACGACUUUAGAAACGGCACAUGGACCUUCCUCUCCAUCACAGCUCCACCUGUGUUUAUCAAGACGCCACCGACCUUCGUGGAGGUCCUGCUCGGAGACUCGCUGACGCUCAGCUGUGGCGCCCACGGCAACCCUCGGCCAACCGUCGUUUGGCAUAAAGAUGAGAGCCGGAUUGAGAAGCAUGAAAAAAUAAAAGUGCUCAAUGGUACCUUGUCUGUGGCCGCCGUCACCAGGAAUUUUUCAGGAGUGUACAAAUGUCACGUGUCCAACUCCGAGGGGAACCUGACCCACUCGAUGCAGCUGCAGGUCAAAGGACCCCCGAUCAUCAUCAUCUCCCCAGAGGACACCACUCUCAACAUGUCCCAGGAUGCAGUUCUGCAGUGUCAGGCUGACGCCUACCCUUCUAACCUCACGUACGAGUGGCUGAAACAAGGACAGAAUGUCUACCACAUUGAGUCCCUGAAGUCCAGAGUGAAGGUUUUGGUGGAUGGAACACUUCUCAUCCCUAAUCUCAUCCCAGAGGAUGCUGGCAACUACACCUGUAUCCCGACUAACGGGUUACUCACCCCACCCUCAGCCUCUGCACACCUGAAAGUGAAACACCCUGCACGCGUGGUCAGAAUGUCCCGGGAAACGUACUUGCCUGCGGGCAUGGAGGGGGUUAUUACCUGCCCUGUUCAGGCUGAUCCCCCGGUGCUGUACGUCAACUGGACCAAAGACGGAAACAGUUUGAAUCUUGACAACUUACCAGGUUGGAUAGUUAACUCCGAGGGCUCAGUUUUUAUAGCAACAGCCAACGACAACGCAGUAGGCAUGUACACGUGUACGGCCUACAACAGCUACGGCACCAUGGGAAAGUCUGAACCCACCAAAGUCAUUUUGCAGGACCCUCCAUCUUUCCGAGUGGCUCCCCGAGCCGAGUAUCUCCAGGAGGUGGGCAGAGACUUGAUCGUCCCCUGUGAAGCCAUUGGAGACCCCGCUCCAAACAUUACAUGGAGCAAGAUUGGGCCGUCUCCUCGCUCCCAGUACACUGUGCUGGCUAACGGCUCACUGCUGCUGCAGCCGCUCAGUAAAGAUCACCAAGGGGGUUGGGAGUGCUUGGCCACUAACCGAGUAGCGACUGUCAGUGCAGGCACUGUGAUCAUGGUGCUGGGCACCAGUCCCCAUGUUGUGUCCUUAGUAUCCGUCAUCACAGAGAUGAACCAGGCCAAUGUGUCCUGGGUGCCUGGCUUUGACGGGGGAUACACCCAGAAGUUCACCGUAUGGGUCAAACAGGCAUCCAGAGGGAAACACGAAUGGGCGUCUUUGCCUGUGCCGACAUCCAAAAACUACCUCCUGGUGACCGGGCUGCUCGCUGGCACUGGCUAUCAGUUCAGCGUGCUACCUCAGAAUAAACUCGGCUCUGGACCUUUCAGUGAAAUUGUUUCUGUGCGAACACAAGCUUUGCCAACAGAAGAACCUACAGGCGACACAUCUCUCCCAGUCCUGGAUCCUCCCGUACUCCUGUCAGCCAACCGGACGGACCGAGGCGUUCUCCUGCAGUGGUCGCCUCCCGAGGCUCCGUCCUCGCCGCUGACGGGCUACGUGCUGCAGGCCCGCAGGGAUCAGGGCCAGUGGGUCAUCCUCAGCAGCAACAUCAGCGCCAAUCAGAGCGAACUACUCGUAGAAGGACUGCUAAGGGACUCCAGUUACGAUCUGAGGCUGAUGUCUCACAGCAACAAAGUGCUCAGUGAACCGAGUCAGUCUGUCAAUGUCUCGACAAUAGGGAUGGAGGUUUACCCCGUGCGCCCCAGUUACCUGGAGUUCAUCCCACAGCCCCUGUUGGCCGGAGUGUUAGGAGGAGUGUGCUUCCUGUUCGUGGCCAUCAUCCUCUCGUUGGUGACAGCAUGCUACAUGAGUCAAAGGAGAGAGCGUCGGCGCAAAAAUAGAAGAAAAGAUCUCCCGUCUGCCCUCCAGAAGAGCUCAUCUUCUCCACAAGCUCGCUCGCCUCCUCGCAGCCCAGACAGUGUCCUCAAGCUGAAGCUGUGUUCGCCGCUUCCCUUCUUCGCCAACUCCUCCUCCUCGCAGUCGGACCGCUCAUCCUUCGAUAAAGGCAGCCGCGGGGAGUACCACAACCAGCGGAAACAACUCCUGUCCAACUCCUCUCCGCCGCCGCAUUACACGCUCUUUGAGAGCCACCUGGGCUCCCAGGACCCCUCGCCGACUGCUCUGGAAUCCAUCUCCAGAGGCCCGGACGGACGCUUCAUCGUCCAGCCACUGCUGAAGGGUUCCAGUCCCUCCAGUAAGAAAAACUUGAGAAAGGAGGUCUUACAAAGUAACGGUGGGGCAGGUGGCUCAGGGAGCAACCAGACAUCACUCAGGGACUCCCCGAAGUCGAGUAUCUUGACCUCGGGGAAAGACGAGAGGAGGAAUUCUCCGCUCACCGUGGACGUCCCCGAGCUGAGCCGCCCUCCUUCCUCUCCUGGAAGAGUGCGCGCCAUGGCGAGAAACUUCUCCCGUCACGGCUGCUUUUAUUCUGACGACGAACAGUGCUCGGAGGCUCUGUUGGAAAGAGCCAGCUUCUAUUCGGACAACAGUGAGAAAAAACCCAGCGAUUCUUUCAGGAGGUAUCGCUUGCCGGGCCACACUGAAGAUCUCUUCUCGAGUUUGGGGAGGAAAACAAAGCUGCUGGAUCGAGACCGAGACAGAGACGGACCGGGCUACCAGCCGAUGGACAGUCAGCUGACUAAUAACAGCACCGUUGUCUCGCAACUUGACAGCGAGCUGGAGAGGGAAAGUAUUAACAAGUGUGUGCAACUGGCAAAGGAGAGGGAAGAAAUGGAGAGGGAGCUGGAGAGCUAUACGGCCGAACAAAGAGGUCGCGGGAGACUCCAACAACAUUCCGAGAAAACAAAAUGCCCUCGAAAUGAUUCCCCCAAGUCAGAGGAAGAGCCAGUAUGGAAGCCACAAGAUGUCACCAUCAGACAGAAACACAGGCCUCCAGGUCAGACCAAUCGGGUGUCUGACUAUCGGAGAGCGUGCUACUUCGGGAACACAAGCAGUCCCAUGGAUCGGCUCGCCACGCCUCGCGUACAGUGGGACAUUAGCCCGGUUACGUCACUCACAAGCCUCAUUCCUGCGCAGGAAACGGCAUCGCCCAAUCACGCGCGCAGGGAAACCACAGAUAACUCCUUUGGCGUUGAUUCAUCCCGCUCUCCGGUCACACAGAACACCUCGCUCCCUAUGCUCUCCCCUGAUGUCAGCUCUAAAAGUCCACCUAUCUUGUGUCUAACAACACCAGACAGAGCCAGGUCGUUGAGUCCCCCGACUGAGCAGGGAUUAAGAGAAAAGGCCCAAGACAAAGGCGCCGCUUCGAGGUCCAGACAUUCAUACGCUUAUGCCGGCACUCAGCCCUGGGAUUCAGCCGCCAGAGGUCCCGAAUGUUCAGCCUCUGCGCCGUACAAUCAGCCCGCAAAAUACUACACAGCCACACGGGACCCCAGUCCAUCAAGUUAUCCUACUUUACCUUAUGAACAUGAUGAGGUAGAGGCAAAGGCCAAAGGAAAAGAGGGAGACACUCAGACACAGCGCAGUUCGGGGUUUUACUCCGAGAGAGAGAGAGAGGGUGUGCGAACGCGCUCCAGGAGAAGCGACAAAUGUCUCUUCUCUGACAGCCCGAGCCCUAUCUCAACGUUGACGCUUGUAGAAGAGGUCGAAAGCGACCAGUCCCAAUGUUCGGUCCCCGCGAUGUCCGGGUCCUUUAAGGCCGAGCCUGCAGCUCCGUCUCCCCAAAUGUCCCCUCUGCAGACAAGUGCAAUUCUCGAAUACCUGAGCCUUCCGGGCUUCAUUGAAAUGAGCGUCGACGAGCCCGCGGAAGACGCUACAGUCACAGACAACGCUGGGCAAAGUUCAGAUGCAAAGCCAGUAAUAUCUACGGGGGUUGAGCCGGAUGUAGUUCCUAGAAACUGGGAAGUCCAUGUUCAGGAAAAGAGGGAAACGCACUCAAACUAUUUCCAGAUGACACCAGACCAUCAUCGCCCGGUCCGAAAAAAAACCAGCAAGCAGCUCUAUAGCGAGAAAACACAGAUUCGAGUUGGGAACAAAAGCACGGACAGACCCGAAUCCAGACUCGGCUCGAGGUCGGCUCACACUUUGCUCAGCGCGGCGCGAGGAAUGGCGGACAUAGUGUCGAAACACUCGCGCAGUUUUGCAGACAGUAGCGAGUCUUUAUCGGAGCAAUCCCAGAGACAAAGGACUAAUAACAUUGCGUCGCGAAUUUGUCAAGCCCCCGUGCCAUUUCUAAAGAAGUCCGUAAGCGUGGGCCCGUGUAGGACCCUCUCGGGUGUGGGACAGCCUCGCCCGUUUCUAAAGAAAUCCAUCAGCUUAGGCUCGCAGCGCUGGGAGCACUUCGAGAGCCCCAGGGCGUAUAUUUCUGAGAAAUGUUACUGGGACGAGUUCCCAAACCCAGAUGUCAGACUCAAGUCCUACAGUUUGGGUCGCAGUCCCCCUUCCCUCCCCAGGCCGGGCCCAUCCUGGAGAGAGUACGUUCCGUUCAGACACCCCCCGAGCGUGUGGAGCUUAGAGAGGCCUCACCACACACAGAGAUCUUCAGCUAGUCCUUCCUACCUCACUCAGGCCAUGUACCCACCCAGACAAACCUCCAUGUCUCCGAUGCUGGAGCCCGCUGAUCCACGCCGACAAGCCGCCGUUUUCCCAGAAUCCUCCAGGUGGUCUCCUACUUAUCACGAAACCCUGAGGUCUGCGCAGCAUAAAUACGUCCCCAUCAAGUACCAGCAGUGGCCCGGGUCCAGAGGGGACAGCCUGAGACCAGGAUCCAGAGGGGACAGCCUGAGACCAAUGGAGCCCAGCAGGGGUCCCGUGCGGUCCUACCUGCCCCGGGGCAUCAGCUGGCCCUCGCCGUGCUACGCCCCGUUUCCCCCCCGGGAGGCGGAGCCUCACCGGGCGCCAGACCGGCUGGCGAGGAGAGGGGGGGAGGCUGAUCCCCGGGAGGGAGGGAGGACCAGCUACGCCAGCCAGAGCAGCGGGAGGGGCAGCGCGGGGCUCUUCCGACAGUCCCUGUCCAUCACGCCCACGCUGCUCAGCUCGCCCGAAACCACGGAGGAGAGCGAGCGCCACCGAGCCGAGACGGAGCUGCCUGAGAGCAGACCGAAAAGGUGA